AUGUGCGAACGUCUUUGCUAUUACACCCUGCAAGGCGUCAGUGGCAUUCUCCGUCUCAGCUUGUUGGAGCAUGGGGAGAAACCACGGAGGACGAUCCUUUACUUCGCCGUGGUCUACCUGCUGGGUGUGGCGCUAGUGGCGCUGGCAGCAGUGCCCAGCAUCAUGGCCUCGGCUGGGGGUGUGCCGCUCUACCUGCGUCUGGGACCUGCAAUAGGAACGUCCAGUUGGUCGGAUUACUUGGACCAUUUGGACUUCGUCAGCCAACAUUUCGGUGAAUUCUGCCGCGAUUCACUGCUGGAUCUGAGGCUGGGGGCCUUUGUGUUUGUGGCCUUGGGUACUGGAGCGAUCAAGCCCAACGUGAUGAACUUCGGGGCGGAUCAGUACGACACCGAGGAUGCAGAAGAGCUGGUGCAGCAAAAGGCCUUCUUUUCCUAUUUCUAUUUGACCAUCAACAUCGGAGUGGUCUUUGCGAUGGGCUUCACUGUGAACUUGGCCACCAGCGGGUCAUCUGAGGCCUCGGCUGGCACAGGAUAUUUGAAAGCCUAUUGCAUCGCUGCUGGCGCCAUGCUCAUAGCCCUUCUUUGCUUCGCACUGGGCACGCCCAGGCGAGAGUGUUUGCAACGAACAGCGAGAGUGAGUGUUUGCAACGGACUGGCCUGCAAAGCAACACAUCAAGCAUUUACCGGUUGUUUUGGACUACAAUGA